AUGGACCGGAAAGUGGUGCUGGUGACGGGAGCGAGCCGGGGCAUUGGGCUGUGGACGGUGCGCCACUUGCUUCGUGCGAGUCGUGUCGUGGCCUUAUCGCGUUCGCGCACGCCGGAGCUGGAGGCCCUAGCGCAGGCACAGCCUGAUGACGUGGCGAUCGUGCAGGGUGACGUCACGAAGGGCGCUGACAACCAGGCGGCGUGUGACGAGGCGCUGCGUCGCUGGGGCCGGCUGGAUGCGCUCGUGCUGAAUGCGGGCAUUGUGGACCACCAGCUGUGUGCGGAUGUGACGCCGGAGCGCUUCUCGCAUGUGCUCAACGUGAACGUCGUGUCGGUCACGCAGACGGUGCGUGUGGCGCUGCCUGCGCUGCGCGCGGCGCAUGGAGCGGUCGUGAUUGUGAGCAGUGCGGCGGCUACGAGCAACAUUGCGUCGUGGGCCGCGUACAAUGCGUCCAAGGCGGCCGUGAAUGCGUACGCACGCACGCUCGCGAACGAGGAACGCGAUAUUGCGUGCUUCCCGAUCCAUCCUGGCAUCGUCGACACGGACAUGCAGGUGCAGAUCCGUGCGAACGACCAGAUGCCGGCGGCGCAGCGCGAAUGGAUUGCGUCGCUGCACCGCGACGGCAAGCUUGUCCCGCCCGAGAAGCCCGCCGAGGUGCUAGCGGCGCUCGCGCUGCGCGGUACGCGCACGGCGCCUGUGCUAGACGACGGCACGGCGGUCGGUGCGGACGGCACGUUCCUGUCGUGGGACGAGGCCGUCCUGACGGCGUGGCGGACGGGCGAACGUGUAUAG